UUUUUUAGUGCUUGGGAGAUGGGAAGUAAUGACAGCUGGCACCUGAACUGAAAUAUCUGUGUAGGCACUACUAUCCCAGAAUUUCAGGAUGAAUGGGGAUAUGCCUCAUGUUCCCAUCACUACUCUUGCAGGGAUUGCUAGUCUUACAGACCUUUUGAACCAGCUGCCUCUUCCAUCACCUCUACCUGCUACAACAACAAAAAGCCUACUUUUCAAUGGACGGAUAGCUGAAGAGGUGAACUGCCUUCUGGCUUGCAGGGAUGAAACUCUGGUUUCACAGCUUGUCCACAGUCUCAAUCAGGUGUCAACAGAUCACAUAGAGUUGAAAGAUAACCUUGGCAGUGAUGAUCCAGAAGGAGAUAUACCGGUCUUGCUGCAGGCUAUCCUGGCAAGGAAUCCUAAUGUUUUCAGGGAGAAAAGCAUGCAAAACAGAUAUGGGGUGCAAAGUG